AUGGGCUCCGUGAGGAAGAUGAGCAGCUCCUUCAAGAGGGGUUCACUCAAGAGCUCCACGUCAGGGUCACAGAAGGGACAGAAAGCUUGGAUAGAAAAAACCUUUUGCAAACGAGAAUGUAUAUUUGUCAUUCCCAGCACAAAAGACCCUAACAGGUGUUGCUGUGGCCAGCUCACCAACCAACACAUCCCCCCUCUGCCAAGUGUAACAGCCAGCAAAAAUGGAGAGGAAAACAAGUUGGCGGAAGUUCAACCUGAAAAAUGGUCUGUUGGCAAACAUACCCAGAGCUACCCCACAGAUUCCUAUGGGAUUCUCGAAUUCCAGGGCGGCGGAUACUCCAACAAAGCCAUGUAUAUCCGGGUCUCCUACGACACCAAGCCAGACUCGCUGCUUCAUCUCAUGGUGAGAGACUGGCAGCUGGAGCUCCCCAAGCUCUUAAUAUCCGUGCAUGGGGGUCUUCAGAACUUUGAGAUGCAGCCCAAGCUGAAGCAGGUCUUCGGGAAAGGCCUGAUCAAGGCUGCCAUGACCACUGGGGCCUGGAUCUUCACCGGGGGCGUCAGCACGGGUGUCAUCAGCCACGUGGGGGAUGCCUUGAAGGACCACUCCUCCAAGUCCAGAGGCCGGGUCUGUGCUAUAGGAAUUGCUCCCUGGGGCAUCGUGGAGAACAAGGAAGACCUGGUUGGAAGGGAUGUGACACGAGUGUACCAGACCAUGUCCAACCCCCUGAGUAAGCUCUCCGUGCUCAACAACUCACACACGCACUUCAUCCUGGCCGACAAUGGCACCCUGGGCAAGUAUGGGGCCGAGGUGAUGCUGAGACGGCAGCUAGAGAAGCACAUUUCUUUGCAGAAGAUCAACACGAGGCUGGGGCAGGGUGUGCCCCUUGUGGGCCUUGUGGUGGAAGGGGGCCCGAACGUGGUUUCCAUCGUCCUGGAAUAUCUCCGAGAAGAGCCCCCGGUCCCCGUGGUGGUCUGCGAUGGCAGCGGCCGAGCCUCAGACAUCCUGUCCUUUGCCCACAAGUACUCGGAGGAAGGAGGGAUAAUCAAUGACUCCCUCAGAGACCAGCUUAUAGUCACCAUUCAGAAAACGUUUAAUUACAACAAGACACAGUCACAUCAGCUGUUUGCGAUGAUCAUGGAAUGCAUGAAGAAGAAAGAGCUGAUCACUGUGUUUAGGAUGGGUUCUGAGGGCCAGCAAGACAUCGAGAUGGCGAUUUUAACUGCCCUGCUGAAAGGAACAAAUGCAUCAGCUCCAGACCAGCUGAGCUUGGCACUGGCUUGGAACCGUGUGGACAUAGCUCGAAGUCAGAUCUUUGUCUUUGGGCCCCGCUGGCCGCCCCUGGGAAGCCUGGCACCCCCGACGGAUAGCAAGGCCACAGAGAAGGAGAAGAAGCCACCUACGGCGACCACCAAGGCGGCAAGAGGAAAAGGAAAAGGCAAGAAGAAAGGGAAGGUGAAGGAGGAGGUAGAGGAAGAAACUGACCCCCGGAAGCUUGAGCUGCUGAACUGGGUGAAUGCUCUGGAGCAGGCCAUGCUGGACGCACUGGUCUUAGACCGUGUGGACUUUGUGAAGCUCCUGAUUGAAAAUGGAGUCAACAUGCAACAUUUUCUCACCAUCCCAAGGCUGGAAGAGCUUUAUAACACAAGACUGGGUCCACCCAAUACACUUCAUUUGCUGGUGAGGGAUGUAAAAAAGGGCAACCUUCCUCCUGACUACCACAUCAGCCUCAUAGACAUCGGGCUCGUGCUGGAGUACCUCAUGGGUGGCGCCUACCGCUGCAACUACACACGCAAGAGCUUCCGGACCCUCUACAACAACCUGUUUGGACCCAAGAGGCCGAAAGCUCUCAAACUUCUGGGAAUGGAAGAUGACGAGCCACCAGCCAAAGGGAAGAAAAAGAAGAAGAAGAAAAAGGAGGAGGAGUUGGACAUUGAUGUGGACGACCCGGCCGUGAGUCGAUUCCAGUAUCCCUUCCACGAGCUGAUGGUGUGGGCUGUGCUGAUGAAGCGCCAAAAGAUGGCAGUCUUCCUCUGGCAGCGGGGGGAGGAGAGCAUGGCCAAGGCCCUAGUGGCAUGCAAGCUCUACAAGUCCAUGGCCCACGAGUCCUCCGAGAGCGAGCUGGUGGACGACAUCUCCCAGGACUUGGACAACAAUUCAAAAGACUUUGGCCAGCUGGCUGUGGAGCUCCUGGACCAGUCCUACAAGCACGAUGAGCAGAUUGCCAUGAAACUAUUGACGUAUGAGCUGAAAAACUGGAGCAAUUCGACCUGCCUCAAACUGGCUGUGGCAGCCAAACACCGGGACUUCAUCGCCCACACCUGCAGCCAGAUGCUGCUGACGGACAUGUGGAUGGGGAGGCUGCGGAUGAGGAAGAACCCUGGACUGAAGGUUAUCAUGGGGAUUCUUCUCCCCCCAACUAUCUUGUUUUUGGACUUUCGCACCUAUGAUGACUUCUCCUAUCAAACAUCCAAGGAAAAUGAGGAUGGCAAAGAAAAAGAAGAGGAGAAUAUGGAUGCCAAUGCAGAUGCCAGCUCCAGAAAGGGGGAUGAGGAGAAUGAACACAAAAAGCAACGAAGUGUCCCCAUUGGGACCAAGAUCUGUGAAUUCUACAACGCCCCCAUCGUCAAGUUCUGGUUUUACACAAUAUCCUACCUGGGGUACCUACUGCUGUUCAACUAUGUCAUCCUGGUGCGGAUGGAGCGCUGGCCCUGCCUCCAGGAGUGGAUCGUCAUCUCCUACAUCCUGAGCCUGGCCUUGGAGAAAAUUCGGGAGAUCCUCAUGUCAGAACCGGGUAAGCUAAGCCAGAAAAUAAAAGUUUGGCUGCAGGAGUACUGGAACAUUACAGACCUCGUGGCCAUUUCCAUGUUCAUGAUCGGAGCCAUCCUUCGCCUCCAGAAGCAACCUUACAUGGGCUAUGGCCGUGUGAUCUACUGCGUGGACAUCAUCUUCUGGUACAUCCGUGUCCUGGACAUCUUUGGUGUCAACAAGUACCUGGGACCCUACGUGAUGAUGAUCGGAAAGAUGAUGAUUGACAUGCUGUAUUUCGUGGUCAUCAUGCUAGUGGUGCUGAUGAGUUUUGGAGUAGCCCGUCAAGCCAUCUUGCAUCCAGAUGAGGAGCCUUCUUGGAAACUGGCCCGGAAUAUCUUCUACAUGCCCUACUGGAUGAUCUACGGGGAGGUGUUUGCAGACCAGAUAGACCUCUACGCCAUGGAAAUUAAUCCUCCUUGUGGUGACAACCAGUACGAUGAGGAAGGCAAGCGGCUCCCCCCUUGCAUCCCUGGUGCCUGGCUCACGCCUGCCAUCAUGGCCUGCUACCUGCUAGUGGCCAACAUCCUGCUUGUGAACCUGCUCAUCGCCGUUUUCAACAAUACCUUCUUUGAAGUGAAGUCAAUAUCCAACCAAGUGUGGAAAUUCCAGCGUUAUCAGCUAAUUAUGACAUUUCAUGACCGGCCUGUCCUGCCUCCACCAAUGAUCAUUUUAAGCCACAUCUAUAUUAUCAUCAUGCGUCUCAGCCGUCGCUGCAGGAAGAAACGAGAAGGGGACCAAGACGAACAGGAUCGUGGAUUGAAGCUAUUUCUCAGCGACGAGGAGCUGAAGAGGCUGCACGAGUUUGAGGAGCAGUGCGUCCGGGAGCACUUCCAGGAGAAGGAGGACGAGCAGCAGUCUUCCAGCGAGGAACGCAUCCGUGUAACCUGCGAGAGAGUUGAAAACAUGUCCAUGAGGUUGGAGGAAAUCAACGAAAGAGAAAACUUUAUGAAAACUUCCCUACAGACUGUGGACCUUCGCCUCUCCCAACUGGAAGAACUAUCUAACAGAAUGGUGAACGCGCUGGAAAACCUGGCAGGAAUCGACAAGUCUGACCUGAUACAGACGCGGUCCCGGGCCUCCUCGGAAUGUGAUGCCACGUUCCUUCUCAGGCGGAGCAGCAUCAGCAGCGCUGAUGGCUAUAGCCUGUACAGGUACCAUUUCAACGGGGACGAGCUGUUGUAUGAGGAUACCUCCUUCUGCAUGCCGCCGGGGGCAGCGUCCAGGAAAAAAGCUGGUUCCUUCCGUGGGAAGGAAGAAAAGGACCAAAGGACGUACCUGGCCCCAGAGCGCCAGGGCAGCCUUCACCUGCCACCCAGUACCGGUGCACCAGCAUCCCCAGACCGAGGUCAGCUUGCCUCCAACAACGGCAAGAGCACCUCGGAGCCGAAGUCAGGUCCAGAUACUGGGAUUUCUGCUGAGAGUGAUGAAAGGCAGGUAGUCCCUAAAAAAGAAGAAAUGACUUCCCCGAGUUUAAGUCAAACAGAUGCUAUACAUGGAGAAAACAAGUCGGAUUUUCAAAAUGAAACUCAGCUGACAGUGGAAACGACAAAGAUAGAAGGCACCAUUUCUUAUCCCCUGGAAGAAUCAAAGACAAGCCGCUAUUACCCUGAUGAGACGUUCAGUGCUUGUAAAACGCUUAAGUCCAGAAGCUUUGUGUAUUCCCGGGGAAGAAAGGUGGUUGGUGGGGCUAACAACUGGGGUGCAGCCGGCGACCCAACAUGCCCCUCGACAGUUCAGCAGUGGACCACAGAAUGGAAGUAUGAAGUUCAAAAGAUUAUGCGUUCUCAGAGCACGGAAAUACCUUCCGUUGCCUCCGAAGCUGCACUGCAGGCUGAGCAUUGUGGACAUUUCACAGACAAGGAAGAUGAAAACUGUGUUUUUAAAACAGCCCCUCAGAUCUCUCGCUUGUCUGUUACUGACAGAACUGACAAGGUAAACUUACUGUCUGUGAAAACACACCAAACUUUGGGAUUCCCAUCUUCAAGGUCAAAAAGUUUACAUGGCCGUCCUAGGAGUGUGAAAGCCCUCCAGGGCAACUUACACAGACCUGGACAUGCCAGCAGUGUAAAUAACUUAGUAGUUGUGUCUGGAAUUACAAUGGAAGACCACAAGGUUCAGCAAGAGAAGACUUCCUCGGAAACAGAAUGCUAG